AUCGAUCAAUGAUCUGAUCGCGCUUUGCGUGAACCUCCGGUUUAGCUUUCAAUCUGAGAGGAGGACUACGAGGAUAUUGAUGUGACUUGCUGCACAGUACCUGAUAAAACGCAUCCUAACUGGAUCGACUUAACUACACACGUUCGUUCAUAAUGAAACGAAAACUAACGCGAUGUUUUAAAUACACUGUUUUCAUUGCCACUCUAGGCCUAGUGGCGCUCGUCCCCACAUCCAUUUUGAGAUUACAAGAUAAAUCGACUACCCAGCGGAGAUUGAGUGGCAGAAACAGCAAAAUAAAUAUUGCUAACUUAAUGCAUAGUUCAGAAAUAUAUACGUCUCUGGAUGGCCAUAAAUUUCAAUUGUAUCAGAACGAUAGUAUUGAUGGAAUGCUGAAACAAGCGCGAUCCCGUUUUGAUAAUAGAGAGAAACUCGAAGAACAAAAAUUGGAGUACACAGAGGAAAUGAAUGGAAAAACUGCAACGACAAGAAGCAUCGUACAGAGAGCCUUAGAAAUGAAAACGACACUAUCGGUUGCUACAAUUGAAGAUUUGGAAUACAAGCACAAGAUUACAAAUAACAAUGUUGAAAAUUAUUUUAGGCCAACCACUAAAACUCAGAGAAUAGGCCUACUUAGAGAAUUGGCUGAAAAGCUUACAAAAAACCAAAGUGUCGUUACGAUCAAAUCACGUGAUUUAGAAUCGACGUAUGUCAUACGGCGCACUAAUCAAUCUAUAAAAAUUACAAGAACGAAACCACUGUAUCCCACUGAUCAAGUUAAUGAUUUUAACAUUGCUUAUAUUAUACCAAAUGAAAAUGCUUGCAAAGGUGAUCCUGAAGUAUUUGUUGUAGCAAUGAUGUUAAACCAACAUACGGAUUACACAUAUCGGAGAUUCGUUCGUGAGUAUUCGGGUAAAGCAAGAGUGGUCAAUGAUAAACGUAUUCAACAUAUAUUCUUACUUGGAAAAACAAAUAAUGAAACACUUCAACAACGAACUGAACAGGAAUCGAACACAUUUGGAGAUAUCGUGCAAGGAGACUUUUUAGAUACCUAUGGAAACUUGACUUUGAAAACUCUAAUGGGAUUUCAAUGGAUACGAGAUUUCUGCUCAGAAGCAACUUUUGUGUUAAAGGUUGAUAGUGAUAUAAUAGUAAACUAUAACGCCUUAAUUCCUCAUCUUGUAACGUCUCCAACUAAUGGAUUCGUUGAAGGGAGAGUUCAAGCUUCGGCGUAUCCAUUGAGAAGCAAGUAUUCUAAAUGGUACAUAGCCGAGGAAGACUACCCAGAAACUACGUACCCUCCGUAUUGUCUUGGACCGUCAUACCUUAUGUCUACUGACGUAAGCACACAGGUAUUACACACAGCACAUUUUGUACGGUUUUUACCAUGGGAAGAUGUAUACGUUGGUUUAGUGCUAAAACGGCUAAAUAUUACAAAUAUACAUAAAAAUAGUAGGUAUUUCGUUCUACUAAAAAAGAACAAUAUUAUAUGGAAUAAGAUAUGUGUAUUUCAACAAAUUUUUACACUUUACGUAGGGCGUCGUUUUGACAAAAGUCGACUCAAGAUUAUCUUUGAUAGAUGGAGCAAUAAAGUUAACUGUCGCAAUGUCGUCAGGAAAUAAAAUGAACUAUCAUCGGGUUUUCUCCCUACUUUUCAAAGAUGCAAUUUGUUUUUGAAGGUGCACAUAAGCUAGAUGUGUACACUAACAUAAAAAAAAACUUGCUUCUACGAUCCGAUUAUCACUGGGCGAUGAGCGUCUGGAAGCAGCGCCUAUGUUAUAAAUAUAGUUAGCGGUGCCCCUGUGUUACCGACUAGCCUUGGCCGAAAUUAUUAGUAAUUAGUAAUAAUUAAUUAUUUUAUUUAUUGAUAUAUUGUCGGCGAAUGUUUUUUUAUUAUUAUUAUUUAUUAUACUAUUGUUAAUUUUUACGUUAUAUACCAUAAGAACCUCUUCUUUGGGAAACCCGUAACGAUGACACUUAUCUGCUAAACUAGGCGUUUAUCAUUUACUAUUAUGGUUAACCCAGCUUAAGAGAACAGGUACUGUAGAACUCACAAAUGUAAAAAUCCGACAACACUGUAAAAUUGUACCCGCACAUGUCCAAAUAACCACAAAUAUACCCGUAGGAACAUAAUUUACAGAAUUUAUACAGAAACAAUUCUAUACAAUUUUUACAGCAUUUUUAUAGGCUAAUUCUAUAUGAUUUUCUAAACCAUGUUUUAUAGAAUCUUUAUAGAUUUUCUGCAGGGUCUCUAAGGAUCUUCUCAUGUAGUUCUGAUAGGAAUUCUUAAGAAAAUUUAACGAGUUCUAUAGAGUGUUGAUAGAGAAAUUGCAUAGAAAAACUUCA